AUGCAAAAGCCCCCACUACUUCUUCGAAGACCCUUACCUCCAAAAUUCACUAAGCUGUCUUUACAUGAGAAAAAAACCCAUACAGCCAAAACUGGUAAAACUGAGUCACUACAUGUAGCAUUCACUGAAGAUGAAACCACUUCCAUUAAAACGGAGAAAACUCGUUUUCCUGAUGUUUUCAGAAAUCAAUCACUAACACCUAUCAAUAUCCAAAAUAUCUUUCUUGAUCACUGUGUACAAGAAAGAGUGACUGCAAUUUCAUCACCCCAGAAAUCUACUAAGCAUGUCUAUGAGCAGAUUCCAGAUUCUGCUACUGGUUCCAUAUUUUUUCCACGUUGUCAUUCAGCUUCUACUCGAAUUUUUGGGAAACAAACAAACAAAAUGGAAAGUUCAAGAAAGUUGAAAACCGUGAAAGAUAUUUAUACUGAAAACAGCCUAGAAAAUGUUUUAAUUCUUUCUUCCAAGUUUUCCAAACCUGAAAGUACUCCUGGCUCAGUUAUCACUCACAAACUUGAGAAAGUGCACCCUAAGCAUCAACCUUUACCAGAGAGUCCAGGCCAUGCUUAUCAGCACAUCUCGAGAGACUUAAGUGCAACAGUGCCAAGCCCUCCACCUACGACUGUAUCUAUGAAGCCAGAAGGAAAGUGGCCUGAACAUUUUAAACCAACUGCUACAUUGACACUAAGAGUUACUCAAUUUCCAGGUUUUGUUUCCUUGCCAACACCAGUUUUACCAAGAAAACCUCACAGGCAGUCUGUGAUAGAAACUCUUGUAACAGAAAAUGAAAAUGUAGAAAGUGUCCCAAAGCAAAUCCCACCAAAACCACCUGAAGGUCUCACCAAAACUGAAAAAAUAGAAUCAGAGAUACACGUUGUACGUGGUGAAGGUUUUAAGACUGUUGCAGCAACACGAUAUGAAACAAUAACAGCCAUGACCAACCUGGCCAUAGUAAACUGUCAAGUAUAUGGAAGAAAUGCACUUAAUCUGAAGGGCUUUUUUAUCUUGAAUUGUCCAGACUUAACACCGUUGGCUUUCCAACUGAUAUAUCUUAAUUUAUCAUUUAAUGAUCUUCAUUACUUUCCCACAGAAAUAUUAUGUCUUAAAAAUUUACAAAUACUGAAAUUGAGAAAUAAUCCUAUCAAAGAAAUUCCUUCUGAAAUUCAACAACUUGAGUUCCUUAGGAUUUUCACCAUUGCUUUUAAUUUAAUUACUGUUCUUCCAAUUGGGUUAUUUUCCUUGUCUUAUCUUGAAGAACUUGAUGUUUCCUAUAAUGAACUUACUUUUAUUCCAAAUGAAAUCCAGAAACUCAGAUCACUUGAAAAACUGACUGUUGAUGGGAAUGAACUGAAUUUUUUCCCACAUGGAAUUUUGAAACUUAACCUGACAAAAAUUCAGUUUGAGAAUAAUUUCACUCAUCCUUGUUUUUGGAGAGAUAAUUCUUUGAAUAAUCCACAACAACUUACUCAAAUUGUUUCUUUGUUCAUUGUCCAAAAUAAACUACAUAAAUUUUAUGAUAAGAUCCCAGUAGAAGUCCAGAAGUUACUAAAAUGCACAUCCAGGUGUGAAUGGUGUCACGGUCCGAAGUUUGGUGAAGGUUUUCGUGUCAUCCGAUCCUGUGAUAUUUUUGGAGCAUCACAGCUUCCAGUUAUGUUUUAUGUCUGUUCUCCUUCUUGUUAUAGAAGAAUAAAGGAAAGCAGUUUUGUUUUAGAUGGUAGUCCUAGUAGAAGAAUAGCUCUAGAUGUGGAGUUGUCAAAAGAAUUAUAG